ACGCUGUGGUCGUCUUUAAAAUAUAUUUUAAAAGUUAAAUAGUUUAAAAAUUAUAAAUUACAAACAUGAGUUUAAAUACAUCUAAAAAUUCACAAUAUGAAAAUGAACAUUUAAUUCAAAACAAAAGAAAUGGAACGACAAUUACGACAGCCCGAGUACCACGGGAAAACGAUCACACAACAAAUAGUGGAACUGGAGCGGAUAGUGAAAAACAAGCAUUUCUAUCUACAGAACCGGUUCGUUUGACACCAGCAUGGGAGGAAGUAAAUGUACCGGAUGAUGAAUUAAAUUUUAGAACAAUUAGUACGGAUCAAGCGAACUUAGAAAUGAAUCCGCCAAAAGAUCGUUUAAAUUUAGUGUAUUGGGUUAUAUUGUUGCAUGGUAUUGGUAUAUUGACUCCUUGGAAUAUGUUCAUUACAGCCAAAGAGUAUUUUGUUGAUUAUAAAUUAAGUAAAGAGUAUACUGGGGAAGAAUCUAUGUAUGGAACAAAUUUUUUAUCAUAUGUUGGUUUUGCUGCCCAAGUGCCUGGUUUAAUCUUAAAUUGGGGAAAUAUUUUCAUCAAUAUUGGAGGUAAUCUAACAAAACGUAUUGUAUAUAGCAUCACAGCGUUAGCAAUCAUCUUUUUAAUCACCAUAUUGUUAGCAAUGUUUGACACAUCUAAAAGUCCUGGAUUCUUUUUUUUUGCAACAAUGACUUGUGUAGUCAUCUUAAAUAGUGCUAAUGGUAUUUAUCAAUCAUCAGUGUUUGGUUUAGCUGCCACAUUGCCAUCUAAAUAUUCAGGUGCUGUAAUAUUAGGAUGUAAUAUUUGUGGAACAAUUACAACACUAAUUAGUAUAUUAACAAAUACGUUAACGUCAAAUAAACGUACAGCUGCUAUUUACUAUUUUAUCACUGCCUUAUUCAUUUUAUUAGUCGCUUUUGAUACAUAUUUUGCAUUACCAUUAAAUAGAUUUUAUAGAUAUCAUAAAAUGAUAAAUGAAAGGGAAUCAAAGAAACAUAAUCGUGACAAUCAAAAGACUAAAAUACCAUAUUUUAAAGUAUACACGCAAGCAUUUCCACAAUUAUUUAAUGUCUUCUUUGUAUAUUUUGUUACAUUAUCCGUGUUUCCAGCUAUGCACGCAGAUAUAAAAAUGUCAGAUCCAAACUUUUUUGUUCCUCAACAUUUGUAUACAUUAAUAACUUGUUUUUUAACAUUUAAUGUCACUGCAAUGAUUGGCAGUUCACUUGUUUCAUUUUUCACAUGGCCAAGUCCAAAAUAUUUAUUUAUACCAGUAAUAUUAAGAGCUCUGUAUAUACCAUUGUUUAUAUUCAUGAACUAUCAUCCCAAAAAUAUAGAACGUAAUUUACCAGUUUAUAUUGAUAACGAUUGGGCAUAUUGGAUUAUUGCAAUCACUUUAGGUUUAACAAGCGGAUAUUUUGGGGCACUGGCCAUGAUGUAUGUUCCUAGAAAAGUUGAUCAACAAUACAGUGGUACUGCAGGAAUGUUUGGAUCAGCGAUGUUAGUAUCAGGAAUAUUAUGUGGAGUGCUGUUUUCAUUUUUAGGACCACCAAUUGUAUCAAGGUUACCAAUUUAACAGUUGAUUGCAUUCGUUAAACUUUUAUGUCAUGUUAAAGCUGAUGCUGGUUAAGUUGGAUCAAUCUACACAAUACAGAUCCAAGUUGAUAUAAAAGUUUAGACGUAAUGCUGCAUAUAAUACAAAACAAAAUCUAAUUAUUUUUAUUAUUUAACCAAAUUUUGUUUUGUUUUAUACCUGCCUGCUACAAACAUAAAAACGU